AUGGCGGUGAGGAAGGGUCGCGAGGAAGCGCAGGGGGACGGCCACGAGCGGAUGGAGGCGGAGGAGAGCCUCGAGAUCGUCGAGUCUCCCGCUCCUCGUCCGCCCGCCUCAAGGGCGAAGAAGCCCCCUUCCGGUCUCGGCCUCGGUGCGCCAGUCGUGCGACUCGACAGUCCGCCGCCGCGAUGCGAGCCGCCUCAGCAGCGCCAGCAGCCCGCUCGACCACAUCCUCCCGCCGCCCAGAACCGCCCCGUCUCGGCUGUCUCGACCGCGAGCGACCUCAUCAUCGAGGACCCGCGCGCCGCCGUCGCCUCGACGAGCAAGGAUGUCACGAAGGACGUCUUCAAGGCGCUGCGGCAGCGUUUCGGCCUCAAGUCGUUCCGCACGAACCAGGAGGAGGCGAUCAACGCGACACUCGCUGGACGAGACGUGUUUGUCCUCCUCCCGACGGGCGGCGGAAAGUCGCUCUGCUUCCAGCUCCCGGCCGUCGUCUCCACCGGCGUCACUUCGGGCGUCACCAUCGUCGUCUCGCCUCUCCUCUCGCUCAUCUCCGAUCAGACGCGCGCAUUGUACGACAAGGACAUCCCCGUCGUCUUCCUCAACUCGACCAUGCCCGCUGCAGACAAGAAGUUCGUGAUGAGCUGCCUCAAGAACGACCCGCUCAUGGCCUGCCUCGCCUACAUCGUCAAGUCGAAGGCGUUCCAGAACGUGCCCGCGGACCUGUACAACCGCAAGCAGCUCACUCGGUUUGUCGUUGACGAGGCGCACUGCGUGAGCUCAUGGGGGCACGACUUUCGCCCCGACUACAAGGAGACGGGCACCCUCGAGCGCGACUACCCUGGCAUCCCUCUCAUCGCCCUCACCGCCACGGCGAACGACCGCGUCAAGCAGGACGUCAUGAGGAACCUCCGCAUGAACCACCCACUCAUGCUCACCUCGUCCUUCAACCGCGCCAACCUCAAAUACUUCGUCCGCACGAACAUCGAGCACCGCGACGUCACCGACCUCGCCAAGGAUGCCACGCAUCUCGCCAAGGCGCAGAAGCACACGGGCAUCACGAUGCUCUACGCCAUCGACGUCUUCCGCGGGAGCAAGACCCAGAAGAUCGCUCGCGCUGGUCACGACGAACUUGCGCACGCCGGCAAGGCUCGAGCAUCGACCGCGGCGACUGCGAACUUCUCUUCCAACUUCUCGCCGCCGAACAGGUCCUCGGCGAACGCUACGAGCGCGAUGGUCUCGGCUUCACCAACGCUUACGCUACGCUCGGUCGACACGCUCGGCAAAUGCUCUCCGGCAAGCUAUCGCUCCAGAUGGGCUGCACGAAGGGCGGCAAAUAUGGCAGCGGCGGCGAGAAGGGCAAGGCGCCCGCGAAGCAGAAGUCGAUCGACGAGUCGUACGACCACCAGCAGUCCGGCGACGAAGUACGUCGACGAGCUGCACGACGAGACGAUGGGCGUGUACGACGAGGUCGAGGAGGAGUUGGACCAUCUCGGACGCCCGAAGGUUGGGCAGGAAGACGAGACGCAGGUCCUCCUCCGCCAACUUCUCGACGUUCGCAAUCAGAACGUGACCGAUGAGGAGUGCGAUGCAGAAGGCAUCGUCUCAGAGAAACACCUCGAGGUCAUCGCCGCCAUGAAGCAGACGAGCUACCGCGAGCUCGCUGCCAUUGAGCAGCUUACGGACGAGCAGAUGGAUUGGUUCCGCCACUCGCAUGCCAAAGCCCUCUGCAUCGAAGAGGUCCGCAAGGCUCGCUCCGAGUCGAGGGAGGCUGACAAGGCGGCGAUGGCUCCGCCGAAGAAGGCCGCGUCGAACGCUUGCGGUUCAACCUCGCGCGGUCCUGCUGGCGCCGGCACUGGCAAGACAAGUGACUCUCGCUCGACCGCCUCGACUUCGACGAAACCGUCCGCCUCAACAUCUCGCACGAACAGCAAGCCUGCGAAGCCGCUCAAUCUCUCGGCGUUCGCGUACAACGGCGGGCUAGCCGGCGGCAGCGCGAAGAAGGCGGCCGGCGCAACGGGCGGGAGGAGCCGAGGAGGGAGCGGAGGAAAGGGCGGCGAUGGGAGCGGCGCUAUCAAGGCGAUGCCAAUCGUCAAGCGGUAG